AUGCAUUCGCACUUCCCUGUUGCAUUCCUUGCGUCCGUCCCAUUCACUACCACUUCCCGUGCUUCUUUUCAACGUGUCUGUGUCUCGCGUCCAGCUCGUCGCCCCAGGUUCUCUCCGCCCCGAACAUCCUAUGCCCCUACAGCUUCCCUCUCGCCCUCAUCACAAAAUGGCGCUUCGCACACUGAGACCAGCGGAAGCCACGUCGACGACAACCAAAAUCGAGUCCCAGAACCGCCUGAGGAACCGGAUGUCGAGAAGAAAAGACGGGACGUCUCGCGUCUCUUGAAACUUUUCGGCCGUCUGGCCAUGCCGUACUGGAAGUCGGACAAGAAGGCGCGCUGGGACCUGGCCGGCGUUAUUGCAUUAACUUUCUUGCAGAGUGGCGUCUCAGUCGGAUUUUCUUUCAUUUCGAAGGAUUUCUGGACCGCUCUCAACACGAAGAACGCUGAUUUAUUUUAUCACCAGUCAGCGGUAUUCUUCUUCGCUCUAGUUGCGUUCACGCCCAUCGUCGUUUACUAUCAAUACUUUCGGGAUAACUGCGCACUCAGAUGGCGGGAAUGGAUCACAGAGCGCGUCUUGGCACAGUAUUGCGCUGACCGAAGCUUUUACAAUCUUGAAGCCGACGGCAAGGUCGACAACCCUGACCAGCGUAUUGCUCAAGACCUCAACGCCUUCACCUCUGAGUCCUUGGCGUUUGUGCUGACACUUCUCGUUUCCGCCAUCGACUUGGCGUCUUUCUCAGCAAUUUUAUUCUCUAUUUAUCCUGCACUCUUCGCAAUCCUCUUGGGCUAUGCCACCACUGGAACUGUAUUGACUGCCGUAGUUGGGAAGCGUUUGGUCGGGUUGAAUUAUCAACAGCUCGUGCGUGAGGCGGAUUUGCGAUACGGCCUUAUUCGCCUUCGAGAAAACGCCGAAAGCAUUGCGUUCUUUAAAGGUGAAGCGCGCGAAGAGGCAGAAAUCACUCGUCGGCUGAAAGCUGCAGUCACCAAUAUGAGCGAAGUCAUCCGCUUGCGUCGACAGCUUGGAUUUCUACAAACAGGGUACAAGUAUGCUGUCCAAGUUCUACCCGCCAUCUGCGUCGCUCCGAGAUACUUUUCUGGUGCAAUUGAGCUAGGGAGCGUCACGCAAAGUUUUGGCGCUUUCUCUCACAUUCUCAGCGACCUUUCCCUUGUCGUCAAUCGCUUCGACAGUUUGAGUCAAUUCGGCGCAGGCAUUGACAGGCUGGCGGAGUUUGUUCAGGCCCUGGAGAGCAAUGUGGAUGAGGAAAACAGAACGUUCAACACAGCAACCGUUGGCGAUAAAGCGAAAACAUUGGAAGAGGGGACGUCGAAGAACAUCCAGAUCCGAGAGAUUCCCGGCCGGACCAGAGAGCUUAGUGUUGAAGAAUUGACGCUGAUGACGCCAGUGGGAAGUGUUGAGAGAGAGCUGAUUACUAAUCUUUCAUUUCAUUUGAGUGCCGGGGACAGACUCCUCGUCGCCGGUCCGUCCGGUACCGGCAAGAGUUCUCUUCUCCGGGCAAUCGCUGGGCUGUGGAAAAACGGUUCUGGAUUGGUUACAUGUCCGUCCUCUGAUGCAAUCUUCUUCGUUCCUCAAAAGCCGUACUGCACUUUGGGGAGUUUGCGAGCAAACCUGCUCUACCCUCGCGAUCCGGACACUGAGGAGAACCCUCCCGAUGAUGCUGCUUUGAUGCGCGUGCUCGACAUUGUGGACUUGCACGAGUUGCCGGCAAGAAUGGGAGGGUUGGAUACGGUUGCAGAUUGGAGUGACACGUUGUCUCUGGGUGAGCAACAGAGGCUUCAAUUUGCUCGACUGUUCCUCUCGCAACCGUCUCUGGCAAUUAUCGAUGAAGGCUCUUCGGCAUUGGGAAUUGACGCUGAGAAGCGUAUGUAUGACAUGAUUCGGGGCCUCGGGGUAACGGUAGUAAGCGUUGGGCACCGCCCAUCGUUGUUGGCUUAUCACGACAAAAUUCUGCGUCUCGGUAAGUCCAACUCAGGAUGGGAGCUGGAAGAUAUUAAGCAGGAACAACGAGACAGAGUUAUUGUGCAGACUUUGUAG